AUGGGGACCGGAAUUGUUGGCAUUCUCUUCCACAUUAUUCCGUUUGAAUAUGCAGCGUUGGACUACAUGGCCGUUAUUUUCUUCGUCCUGAAUGCCAUCCUCUUCGCCACCGUCUUCUCCAUGUCCAUCCUGCGAUAUGCGCUCUACCCCGAGAUCUGGGGCGUAAUGAUCCAAGAUCCCGUCAAUUCACUUUUCUCGCUACUUGUCCCAUGGGGCUCGCCACCCUGGGCACUGUGGAUUGUCGACGCGGUUGCUGCUGCGUCAGUGACGGUAUCGUUAUCUUUUGUCCUCAUAUCACAGAGCCAUGUCACCUCGCUGGAGCGCAUCACGGCCCUCCAAUUACUCCCGAUUGCUGCAACGAUUGUUGCUUCUGGAGCCAGUGCGGAAGUAGCUGAUAUUUUGCCAGACCCUUACCCCGCCAAGGGGACAAUGAUUGCAUCCUAUGUGCUCUGGGGAAUGGCGACACCCAUGGCAAUGAUGGUUUUGGUUAUUUACUAUCAGCGACUGGCCGUCCAUAAGCCCCCAUCGCGGGAGACAAUUGUGAGCUGCUUUCUGCCUCUUGGGCCGUUAGGAUUUGGUGGAUUCAGCAUUCUCUAUCUUGGGAAGGUUGCUCGGAAGCUACUUGGAGAGUCUAAUACUUUGGAUCCACUAGUCGGACAUAUAGCCUAUAUAUUCGGCAUCUUGAUAUCACUGCUCAUGUGGGCUUUUGGUCUCAUUUGGCUGGUGUUUGCGCUGGCUACUAUUUAUUAUAGCUCGCCGUUUCCUUUCAAUAUGGGCUGGUGGGGAUUUACUUUUCCGCUGGGUGUGUAUGCAGCCAAUACCAUGCUAUUGGGCGUAGAGAUGGAUUUGAUGUUUUUAAGAUCUGUGGGACGGUAUGUUCUAGCUGCUGCUGUGGUAAUGCUGUGGCUGGUGGUUGCCAGCCGGACUGCACGUGGAGCAUGGCAGGGUAGUUUGUUUCACGCUCCUUGUCUGCAGAACCUUAAAUCCAAGGCAGAGGAUGAAGCUAUCACGGAUUGA